AUGACAGAUACCUCCUCCCUCGCCAUCACGCACGCCACCACGGAUUCGUUUCCGGUCACCGCGCCUCUGGAUUCCCCUGCCGCCAACGGCGCCAUCUCUGACUCGGUCGCGCCCGACGAAGAAGAGCCCUACACCAUCAAAUGCAUCUGUCAGUUUGACGAAGAUGAUGGUAGUACGGUAUUCUGCGAAGGGUGUGAGACGUGGCAGCAUAUUGUCUGCUACUACCCGGACAAGAGAGUGCCGGAUGUGCACAACUGCGUCGACUGCGAGCCCCGGCAGCUGGAUAGUCGGCGCGCGACCGACCGACAGCGGCAGCGGCGGAUUCGAGAGAAAAGCGAAGACGGUGACCGGAAAAACCGGCGGUCGGGUGCCAAGUCCUCCCAAAGGAAGAAGAUCAACAAGGAGGGCGAUGUGAAUGGUUUCCGGAGCGAGUCGGGUAGUCGCGACCAGCCACCGAGCAAGAAGGCAAAGAUCUCGCAUCGUGCGUCUUCAUCUAUCAGUGCUCUGGCUGGCGCUCCGGCCUUUCCGCCGGACUCGCGCAAGCGCCGUUCCUCCACCUCUAUGGCGAUGAGCCCGACCAAAUUCUCUGGCCCUCCGAUCCCUCUUUACUCGAACGAGUUCAUGCACCUCUACGACGAAGACGAUGACCAUGUCAGCAUGGACAGCAAUCUGUUUGUCAAUGUGAGCCUAGUGGGGGACACUGCUUUGUGGUUGAAGGAUCCAAACGCGUUGGCGCAACGAACGGGUGGACAUCGUCCCGAGGAGGUCUUUACCUGGUCUGAUCUCGCAAUGGAUCGAUCACAGUGGCCCUCCUUGACUACGGAGACCAUCACAGAUCCCAAUCUCGAGAUCGAUGGCCGACACCCGAUGUGGAAGAUUCUCAAGACCCAGAAUCCGAUACAAGAAGGACAGGUCGUGGGAGAGAUCACUGGCAAGGUCGGCCAUCUUCGCGACUACUGCCUUGACCCCAACAAUCGAUGGGCCGAAUUGCGCCAUCCGGAACCCUUUGUCUUCUUCCACUCCCACCUACCCAUUACCAUUGACAGCCGGCACGAAGGCAGCAUCCUCCGCUACAUCCGACGCUCCUGCAAGGCCAAUGCAACCCUCAAGAUCUUCAUUACCAACGAUGUGGAGUAUCACUUUUGCUUCGUUGCCAAGGAGAACAUCCCGGCGAACUCAGAAAUCACUACGAUGUGGUACCUGGAACCGCAACUGUCCGUGUCAUCGGAUGGACUGGUGAAGCAAGAGUCCGGCGAUAGUGCAACCGAAGCUGCUGCCAUUCGUCUCAGCAAUGCUCUGGCCAACUUCGGUGGCUGUGCUUGCGACCCUUCACAAAACUGUCUACUCGCCACCCUGGAUCGCCGGCGACACCCGAGAUCCUUGGAUUCGAGGCAAGCAAACGGCAAGCGAAAGAAGGCGAAAACAAAAUCAAUUGCCUCACCAUUCGAUACGGGUCGAGCAUCCACCAGCCGGGCAGACAGCGAGACGACCAAGCAUCCAGAUGAGGAUGAUCCAGGCGCUGAGAGUCGUUCCACUUCUGGGUCUGCACGGGGUCAGCCCCGUAGUCGCGAUCUCAGUCCAAGUGCAGCUCAAGACGCAGCGGCCGCUGCAUCGGAGCUAUCCAGUCGCGAGCGGCGCAAGAUCGCAGAUGCCGAAAAGCAAUUCCAGCAGCUCGAGCAAGGCCAGGGCAAGAAAAAAGAAACGUCCCAGCGCUCAACGCAAACGGGAUUCUUUGGGUCGAAUCGUGCAUCAGGCAAGUCACUACAACUGGAUACCGGCCAUUCUCGCUCGCCCACCGCCGCCGUUUCACCAAUGGGUGUUGCUCGUCAAGCUUCUCCUCGGAAGACAUCUGGGAACAGCACGCCGCUCAAUCGUUCUCCUCUCGCCCGCCCGAUAUACGUGGAUGCCGCCGUCCAAGCAGAUGUGUACGAGGGUGAUGAACCGCCGUCUACGCCGGAUAACUCACGUCGCAAGCGCGGUUUCGUUCCAAUGACAGUCCGCCUCCUGAAGCGAUACAGUACGGACCGUCUACGGUCUGAGGAGAUUGCGCGACAGAAGUUGUCGUCGGCUGGCUCUGACAGCGUGGCGCCAGCGGAAUCCCCGUCGUCGAGCACCUUCAACGACAAACCCGACGUUGCCAUGGCAGAUGCGGAACCGUCACAAGGUGAUGUGGAGAUGCAAGAUACGUCGGUGAUGCCUGACUCGGAAUCUCCCCAGUCAGCGAAAGACUCUGGCAAGCCACUGAUUCCACCACCAUGGCCGUCUACUGCUGCCCACAACACCCGGAUCCCUGGGAUGACCACCCCCGACAACCGUGGCAAUUUGCGUGUUUCCAUGCCUCCUCCAACACUCCCUCCCAUGCCUCUUUCCAUCAGUCCCGGAUCCGCCUCCACAGCGAGCCUUGCAUCUCCCACCACCUUCGAAACAUCAUCCCCGCACUCUGCUGGACAGCCACCACUCGGGUCAGCUCCAACACCGACUCCUGCCAAGAAGAAACUCAGUCUUGGUGAUUAUCUGAUUCGACGAGGCACGAUGGCCACAACGCCCACCUCGGAAAAGUCACAGGCCCAAGCCAACGCCAUCCCUGCGGCACAGAUCUCACCAUCCACGCCAGGUAGCGGUAGUGGGCCCGUCGCCGGUACAGACAAUGCACAACAGACCACGCCCACCAAGUCAGAGCCCGACGACACCGACAAGAACGAGGCUUCCGGCUCGCCAGAUGUGUCCAUGAAGGAUGCUACAGAGUCGACGACAUACCCUCCCGUCCCGUCCGUCUCCUCCUGA